CCGAUAACGAAGUGCAUUACCCGAUCCAGUCACAACACACAUACACGCACAUCAGACAACACGAAAGUUCGAGGACCACAAAAUUCACCAAAGAAAUUAUACGACCUAUUGAAAACUUCAUUUACACAUUCGUAUCGCGAUCAUCGACAAACGUCAGCGCUCGGAACUUCACACUAGGAUAGAGUUCAAAUCUCUCCAACAUGGCCGCCUACUACUACGCCGCACACUUCAACACUCCUCUCAAUCAGACACCUCAGUCCCUGUACACGUCUCAAAACCCGUUCGGCAUCCCGUCGAACGCAUCAAAUCUCCCCAUGUCGCCCGCCAAACCUCAGCAACAAGACCGUGCUAUAAGCACCAAACCCAGAAACACCGUGGACGAGCAAGAGGAAUCCAUAUUUUUCCGCUUACCCACCGAGCUCCGUCUUCAAAUCUAUAAAGAAUUACUGUGCAAGAAUACCGUCAGCAAGAAGCAUCUCGCCGAAUACGGCUACCGACACGAGCACGAGGUUGGAGCACUUUACCCGGAAAUAAUCUCGACCUGCCGCAAAGUACACGAUGAAGCAGUCGACCUCUUGUACACGACGCACGUCUUCUGCGCCCAUCCGUCGCUCUUGACGUCGUUGCCGCACCUUAUCACCUCAGCUUCGCCCGUCUUGUACCCAACCGUAUUGUCCAAGAUCAAGCGUUGGCAUCUUACGAUCCGCUUGGACACGGAUCCUCGCUUCACAACAGAACAAGCUACAGCGGCAUUCUCCGGCGCCGAGUUCCUGGACAUCCGUGUCUGGCAGUCCAUGUUUGAUGGAGCUGACUCCUCUGUGCUGAAGCUCUUCAUCGGCGUCAGGGGCGUAAAGGUUGCAAGAGUGGGAGGUAGCGCAAACAAGGAGUUGGCACGGUGGUUGGAGGAGCGAAUGAUGAGUGAGAAAGAGGAGGAUGAGGAUACAUGCUGCUGUGGAAACCAAAGUGGGAUAGUGAGAUGCGGAGACUGUUCAAAGAAACUGGAUAAGGAUGCCUUGGGCGAUUGGUUUGGGAAGAGAAAUACGUGGCAGUUUGGAAAUCGCUGAAUGUGCUCAUCCUUGAUGGAGAUACUACAGCGACAGGCAGCACUUUUUUUAACUUCAAUGGAUAUGGCUUUUCAUUUCUUUGUAGAUCUUUGAACAUCAUGCAAGUUCUAAAACUCUCUUGAUUUCUCAUGCUUCAAUGUUGUUUGCCAUACUCAACUCCAGUAUUAGUCUC